CAUCCCGUCCUCUGAUGUCACAAAUCUGUUCCUCCCUGGGAGAGCUGAUUAGCAUUCAGUGGGUGCAGUUGGCCGGGAGCGAGCUGCGCGGGCAGGCGGGCGGGGGCGCGGCCGUCCCCCGGGGAGCCGCAGUGGCACUGGGCGCAGGAUGGCCGCGUUCUAACUGGGAUCCUCGCUGACGUGCGGCUGCCGGCUCCUUGGCAGCCGUCUUUGUGGACCAGUAGGCAGAGGGGAAACGGACGCUGCCGAGCCUUUUGCAUCUUGGAAGGGACUGUAAUCUACUGUAGGGAAGAACAAAACCUCUCAAUCACGCGGUGUAAAUAAGAGACGGAGGGGAGCCCAAAAGAAAAGGAAGAGGAGGGGAAAAGUGUGUGUUGGGGGAGCGGGGAAAAGCAUUUUUGGUGGAUGGUAUGAAGCCAGCCAUGGAAACUGCAGCCGAGGAAAAUACUGAACAAAGCCAAGAGAGAAAAGGCUGCUUUGAAUGCUGCAUCAAGUGUCUGGGAGGGGUCCCCUAUGCCUCUCUGGUGGCCACCAUCCUCUGCUUCUCUGGGGUCGCCCUGUUCUGUGGCUGCGGGCACGUGGCCCUGGCGGGCACUGUGGCAAUCCUUGAGCAACACUUCUGCACCAACACCAGUGACCACACCUUGUUCAGUGAAGUAAUACAACUGAUGCAGUAUGUCAUCUACGGGAUUGCAUCCUUCUUUUUCUUGUAUGGAAUCAUUCUGUUGGCAGAAGGCUUCUAUACCACAAGUACAGUGAAGGAGCUGCGUGGUGAAUUUAAAACAAGUGCCUGUGGCCGAUGCAUUAGUGCAAUGUUCGUGUUCCUCACCUACGUGCUGGGAGUGGCCUGGCUGGGUGUGUUUGGUUUCUCCGCGGUGCCCGUGUUUAUGUUCUACAACAUCUGGUCAACCUGUGAGGUCAUCAAGUCACUGCAGACCAAUGGCACAGCCAAUGUGGAGCAGAUCUGCGUGGACAUCCGACAAUAUGGUAUCAUCCCUUGGAACGCUUUACCAGGGAAAAUCUGUGGCUCAGCCCUCGGGAACAUCUGCAACACCAAUGAGUUCUACGUGUCCUAUCUCUUGUUCAUCGUGGCCUGUGCCGGAGCUGGUGCCACUGUCAUUGCCCUGCUGAUCUACCUGAUGGCUACUACCUAUAACUAUGGCGUCUUGAAGUUUAAGAGUCGGGAAGAUUGCUGCACUAAAUUCUAAAUUGCUUAAGGCCAACGAGGAGCCCCGUAGGGAGCGCUCCUCGGGAGCCUGAAAUCUCCCUAAAGCUGAGGCCAGGUUGCUGUAGUCUGGUGACAGGAAUAUGUAAAUAGCUUUAGUCCACUCAUUUUGCAUUGUAGAUUAAUAAAAUGACUUACCCUGAGUGAAUUA